AGUGAUGGAUGAAGCGUGGACAUAUAAGUUGUAAAAAAGAAAACAAUCUUUAACCUUCAGUUCAAUUUAGCAAUUAAGAUGUAUGAACAAAAAUGAAUGAAAAUUAAUGACAAUUUGACACUAAUAUUAAUGAAUCUAUCGCCAAAUGUGUAAUGUUAUUCGAAAUUAUGGGCAUUGUUAAAUGAGUUCAGAACUUUUCAACAGUUUGGCUUGAUGGUGAUUUUGAGCGUGUUGAUUUGAAAUACAUUAUUGGAUUUUGAGCCUUAAAAAAAUGCCUCUUGGAAUCCCACCUAAAUAUACCGUUUACGGUGUGAUUGGCUUUGCUGUUUCCUUCUGCGGUGCUAUAAAGUAUUAUUCAAGAGGAUCAAAAUAUAAGGGUAAAAAGAAUUGUUUAGGUAAAACAUUUAUUGUCACUGGGGCUAAUUCAGGUAUUGGCAGAGAAACAGCCUUUAACUUUGCUAAAGAAGGUGGUAGAGUUAUACUGGCAUGUAGAGAUAUGGAGAAAUGUGCUGCAGCCAAGAAAGAAAUAAUAAAUUUUACCUAUAAUGUACAAGUAAUAUGUAAAAAAUUAGAUUUAGCAUCCAUUAAAUCAAUUAGGCAAUUUGCUGAGGAAAUAAAUAAAGAAGAAACACAUGUUGAUGUUUUGGUGAAUAAUGCUGGAGUUAUGAGAUGUCCUGAAACUCUCACAAAAGAUGGUAUUGAAAUGCAUUUAGGGGUCAAUCAUUUAGGUCAUUUUCUUCUGACUAAUUUACUAAUAGAGAAAUUAAAAGGGUCAGUGCCAUCACGUGUUAUAAAUGUGACAUGUUCAGCUUUUGUGAAUGGAAAAAUUAACUUCAAAGAUUUGAAUAGUGAAGACUCUUAUGAAGAAGGAGUAGCUUAUUCACAGAGUAAAUUAGCACUUAUGUUAUUUACAAGAGAAUUAUCAAAAAAAUUACAAGGUACUGGUAUCACGGUUAAUGCUGUACAUCCUGGUAUGUCAAAAACUGCAAUCAUGAGACAUACAAGAUUAUAUAAUUCAAAGAUUAGUAGCUUCUUUUUCUGGCCAAUUCAUUUCUUUGUGUUUAAAAGUGUUGAUAGAGCAGCCCAGACAGUAUUGUUUGCUGCUUUAGAUCCUAGUUUACAGGAUGUGUCUGGUAAAUAUUUCAGUGAUUGUGAAGAGAAAGAGAUUUCAGAAAAUGCUUUAAAUGAUGAAGAUGCUAAAAGACUGUGGUUAACCAGUGAAAAAUGGACUCGAUUAACUUGAUCUUCAUUAAUAGUAGAAUAAUUGAAAUACUUGUGUGCUUUCUAUUGGAUAAUAAACAAUAAGGAUGUGCUGUGUUACAGUUGUUUAUCUGGAAUUUGUGACUGAUAGAUUCACCAAAUAGACCAAAAGGAUUCUAUUGAGCUUGUCAUUUAUAACAGCUAUCUUAACCCAUUUGCUAAGUGGUCAAAACGAACAUUGACCUAAGUAUAGUGAUAAGUGGUCAAAUUUAGCAAUGACCAAUGGAAAAUUGUUAAGUGGUUAAUGACCUAGGUAGAACUGUAAGUUGAAGGGUAACAAAUAACGAAGUAGUCAAAUUCAACAAUGAUCUGUGGCAGAUUGCUUAGUGGUAUUGGAGAGUUAAUGAAUGGCAGAAUAUUUCCCUUACGUUUGAGAGUUAAAUUUUAAAACUUGCUUGGUUACUCUUGAGAUGGAAUUAGUGAAGCACACCAGCAGAUUGCGAACAGUAUUUAUGUAGUCUGUGUUGUAUUGUAAAAUGUCAGUUAGUUUCUUUUGCCAAGGAGAAAUUUCUCAAGAACAAAUAUAGAUUAUCAGCCUCCAUCAUCCAGUCCAUCUUUUUCAAUUCACAGUUUUGGCUGAAGAUCUGGGCGUCAGAGACUAACAGCAUCUAUCAAUUAAUCAACCAAGAUUUUGUUUGUUAAAGAGUAAAACAUAAGAAAAAUAAAGUUAAUAACAGUUUUG